GCUGUUCCCUCUGACGAACUCUGCAGCAGUUGCUGCUCGGCCAGGACUACGUCAUCUUUCAGCGACAAAGGCGGGUUGAUCACAGAUACGGAGGUUGUGUUCGUUGUAUUUGGUUAGCAUGGCUCCCUCUCCCACCAAGAGGAAGGACCGCUCAGACGACAAGACUAAAGAACGAGGAAAGGAAAAAACGGGCACUAAAGAAGGAGCAGACAAGGAGAGGGGAAGGGACAAGGCACGCAAGCGCCGCAGCGCGUCUUCUGGAAGCAGCAGCUCCAGUUCCAGCAGCAGCUCCGGCUCCAGCUCCGGGUCUUCCAGCGGCUCCAGCUCCUCCUCAGCCUCCAGUCGCUCUGGCUCCUCCAGUUCCCGAUCCUCUAGUUCCUCCAGCUCUUCCGGCUCUCCCACCCCUAACCGCCGACGCCACGAUAACCGCAGGCGAUCCCGUUCCAAAUCCAAGUCUGUGAAGAAGGAUGACAAGGACCGUCGCCGCAGGAGUCCCAGCCCCAGGCCCACUAAGGUCUACCUGGGCCGCCUCACCAAGAACGUCAUCAAGGAGCACAUCCAGGAGAUCUUCUCCACCUACGGGAAGAUCAAGAUGAUUGACAUGCCCAUGGACCGCCUGCACCCACACCUCUCCAAGGGCUACUGCUAUGUGGAGUUUGAGACUGCCGAUGAGGCCGAGAAGGCCCUCAAACACAUGGACGGAGGUCAGAUUGAUGGACAGGAGAUCACAGCCACUGCCGUGCUGGCGCUUAGAGUGCGCCCGCCCCCUCGACGCCCCUCCCCUCCUCCUCGCAGGAUGCCCCCUCCCCCGCCCAUGUGGCGCCGCACUCCGCCACGCAUGAGAAGGAGGUCCCGGUCACCACGACGACGCUCUCCGGUGCGGCGGCGCUCCAGAUCUCGUUCACCGGGCCGCAGACGCCAUCGUUCUCGAUCCAGCUCCAACUCAUCACGCUAAGGAGUCUCCGGGGGGGGGGAUUGUGGGAGUUUUUAUUAUCUUCAAGUUUUUAUUUUAUUUUUUAAAAUGUGAAUUCCCUUGACUCUCAUGGUGAGAUGAGCGAGUUGUCUGCACACUGUAUAUAAGCUCCAAG